UAUUCCCACUCAACACAGGUCAUAGUGCAGAGGUGCCUGGCUGGCAAGAACCUGACCCAUGUCAAAGCUGGAUGCAUCCUUUGUGGCUACUUAAAGCUGCUACCCAUGUUUCUCAUGAUUAUGCCUGGCAUGAUCAGCCGGAUUUUAUAUCCAGAUGAUGUGGCCUGUGUCAUCCCAGAGGAAUGCAUGCGGAUAUGUGGCACAGAGGUUGGAUGUUCCAAUAUCGCCUACCCCAAACUGGUGGUAGCCCUCAUGCCGAAUGGACUCCGGGGCCUUAUGCUGGCUGUGAUGCUGGCUGCAUUGAUGAGUUCCCUGGCUUCCAUCUUCAACAGCAGUGGCACUCUCUUCACCAUGGACAUCUACAACCGCCUGAGGCCGCAAGCCCAUGACAAGGAGCUGCUGAUAGUGGGCAGGGUGUGGAUCUUGGUCCUUGUGGGAAUCAGUAUUGCAUGGAUCCCAAUAGUGCAGGCUGCUCAAGGUGGGCAGCUUUUUGACUACAUCCAGUCGGUCAGUAGCUACUUGGCCCCACCUAUUGCUGCCAUCUUUCUCCUUGGAGUCUUUGUCAAAAGGGUCAACGAGCAGGGUGCAUUCUGGGGCCUGGUUUCAGGACUCGCCAUUGGCAUGGCCCGGAUGAUCCCGGAAUUCAUUUACGGAACAGGGAGCUGCCUGUUUCCCAGUUCUUGCCCCCGCCUGAUCUGUGGCGUCCACUACCUCUAUUUCUCCGUCAUCCUCUUUUCUGCUACGGCUGUUAUCACAAUGGUGGUCUCUCUCUGCACCCCUCCGAUCCAGGACAAGCAUUUGCAUCGCCUCGUGUUCAGCCUCAGGUACAGUAAGGAGGAACGGAUAGAUCUGGACACCGAGGAAGAGGACGAAGCUAAACUAAAGGAGGCGGCGCGCCAGCAGCAGAUAGAGAUGGCCCAAGCAAAGAAUGGAAAGCUGGAGAACAUCCUGGAAGUGGAAGAUGAGAAGACAGCACUUCCUAUAGGCAAGCUGCGUCAAUGUCUCAACUGGUUCUGUGGGACGGGGACAAGCCAUCAAGAUCAGGCAGAGCCAACCCCGGAGGAGAAAGCGGAAGAGUUGCGGCGCCUAACGGACAUCUCAGAGCAUCCAGUCUGGAGGCGCGUGGUCAACAUCAACGCUCUGGUCAUGAUGGCUCUCGCAAGCUUCUUGUGGGGCUACUAUGCCUGAGUGCCACCCACUGUGGUAUCUCAUCAUAAACUAUGAUCCCUU